GGGGGGCAGUGGAUAUGUGGGUCUUACUCAGUGAGGUUAUAACUAGUUGCAUCAGUGGGUGCUGUUUGUUAUUGUCUACCUGUGAUAGUGCACUAUUUCAGUUCCAUUUUAGUGGACAAGUGGGAAAACAUUUCACAUUUUCAGUGCAAUGCAACACUCAGUUUUAUACUCUUGUUGACCUACUUUCCUGACUUUCACAUUCAAUUGAACAAUGGUGUAUGUAAACAAAACUCAAUCACAUUCUUUAAACAAAAUUAAAUCAAAAUCACUAAUAUUUAUAACAAUUAAUUUACUACGUUUUAAUUGUACUUGAUUUGUAUGAGUAAAAAUGGUGCAGAUGUAAUAAAAAAAUGAUAUGACAUAGCUUUGAUAAUGAUUUUCAAAUAUAGGUAUAUUCUCAUGAGUUUAACUACAAUAAUAAUUGUGGUUUAUGUGUUUUUUACUUAUCACACUGAACCUCAGUACAUGCGAUUUGUAAAAUAUACAGAAACUUACAAUUCCACACAUAUAUUUGAUCUGAAAUUUAACUACAUAAUCAGUAAUAAUUGUACAAAAGAUGGUGCCAUAAGAACAAUUCAAAUAGUGACAUCGUUUACUGGGAAUGUUGAGGCUAGAAGUGCUCUAAGAAGGGCUUAUCCUAAGGAAGAACUUGCAAAGUUGGGAGUGUACCGAGUAUUUCUUCUUGCAAUGUUGAAACCUGGUGUGAGCGAGGUUAAUCAAAAUGCAGUCCUCCACGAAAACAAUCGAUAUAACGACAUUGUGCAGGGAAACUUUUUAGAAAAUUACAGAAAUUUAACUUAUAAACACAUAAUGGGAUUAAGAUGGGCUGUGACACAGUGUAGGGCAGAUUAUAUUAUUAAAAUGGAUGAUGAUAUUAUCACUGAUAUGUAUUCGUUAAUGGAACUCAUACACACUAAAAGUAAUACAAAUUUUGACUUGUUGGGUUACGUAUUCAAAGACAUGAGGCCUAUCAGGAUAGAAGCUAACAAGUGGUAUGUGACUGAAGAUGAGUACAGGUCUGAUAGUUACCCUUCAUUUGUCUCAGGAUGGAUGUAUGUCAUAAGGAGCGGUUCAGCUAAGAAAUUACUGACCGCAUUGAAGUUUGAGCGAUACUUCUGGAUAGAUGAUGUGCUUGUUACUGGCGUCCUAGCUGAAAAGGCUGAACUAGGCUUUGAGGACAUGCAGGAGUAUUUUACUACAAACCCUGAGUAUUUCGAGUGCUGUAUGAGAGACAAAGUGAAAUGUGGUUUCGUUGUUGGUCCAAGUGGAGGAGAUUAUAACAUCAAUAUUGAUUUCCAAGUACAUUCAAAAAUGUGCCAUGAACAAAACAACUGUACAUCUUACAAGAACGGGAAAACCUUCCGAAACUCUUGUGUGGUGAGUAGAAAGUUCCCUCCAAUAGGGAAAGGGUUUGCCAAACUUGAUGUGAUAAAGUUGUAAAGUAUUUUUGGUUGUGAGUAAACAGUCAAACUCAUUUUCUUUGCUAUGUUUUGUAGUUGUUGAUAAUUAUAAUUGUGUUUAAUGUCCAUUAUCUUCACUACUAGUCAUGAUUGGUGAUCAUACUAAUUACUAAUGCAAUACUUGUUUAUCUUAAGCUCAUCAAAGUUCACUGUGGUGUUGUUUACCAAAAUAUAGUUUGUAUUGAACAAAACUCAUUCUACAUUAAAACCUAGAUAUAUCAAACCUCAAUGUACCAAAUUCUUUGAUUAAUCGAAGUUUGUUUUUAUUCCCUUGAAAGUGCCAUUUACUUCAAUGUUGUUUACCCCUAUGUAACUACAGUUUAACGUAAAUAACCUCAAUAUAUCUAAUUUUUGCCUUUAAUUUUGCCUACUGUUAACCUCUAUAUAUGUAAGUUUUAGUUUAUCAGCACAACAAAUCAAAGUACAGUACUAUAUUUUACAUGUCAAGUCUUGGAUCCACCACCACCGACAAUCCUUUAUUUUCUGUUGUUGCCACUGGUAAAUCACCACUGCACCCUCAGUUGGUAGUUGAUGUGGACUUCUAUAUAUUGAAGUCUGCCAAUUUAACCUUGAUAUAAUUAACAUCAGAACAACAAUUUUAAAUCUUUUAUAUAUCAAAGUUUGGCCCAAACAGCCUUGAUAUAUUGAACCUCAUUAUAUCGAAAUUCUCUAUAUAUCGAAGUUUUAUAUUUCCCCUUCAGGUUUGAUACACUAUACCACUAUAUUAUACAUAUUUAUCCUAAAAA